GUAACUGUAGCUAUAACAAUAAUUCAACCUGCCAUAUUACCCACUUGAGAGUAUUUGCACAGGACAGCACUGGAGUGAUUCCAGUAGAACUAACAUCUUUGCAAUAUCUCACACAUAUCGUAAUUGAUCAAAAUUACAUGUCUGGCACCUUGCCUGCUUUUAUUGGAAAUUUAACUCGGUUGACAUAUUUGUCAAUGGGUCACAAUGUAUUUUCAGGGUCUCUCCCAAAGGAGCUUGGAAACCUUAAGGAGUUAAAUUUUCUUUACAUGGAUAGUUCUGGAGUGGGUGGUGAGAUUCCCUCAACAUUUGCUAAUCUUCAAAAUAUGCUAAUAACGUGGGCAUUUGAUUGUCCUCUAACAGGCAAAAUACCUGAUUUCAUUGGGAACUGGACCAAGCUUAUAGCGCUGCGGAUCACUGAUAUAUACAGCGGGAGCUCCUCUCUUGAUUUUAUAAGAAAUAUGACGAAGUUAACUGAAUUAUCUCUAAGAAAUGCUUUGAUCAUCGGUAACAUUCCAUCUAACAUUGGAGAAUAUCUAAUGUUAAAGACUCUGGAUUUGAGUUUCAACCACUUAACUGGUCAAAUCACUAGUGCUUUGUUUAGUAUUGAUGCUCUUACUGACUUGUAAUUCUUUUGACAUUUCUCUCCA